AUGAACCCUAAUUUUUCUCCUGUUGAAUCAGUUGAACAAUACCUUACAGAUGACCCUUCCUUCAUGGCUCUCUCGAAUGGCUUCUUCAUGGACAACCAUACUAGGAAUCUGAGCUAUGACGCUGCUUUGCCGGAGCUGCAGGGUGUUAGUAGCUCCAGUGAUACGGUGUUUUCCGCCGGGAUUAAUGAUCACAAAAUUAUGGCUCGGCCAGGUGGUUAUGAUAUGGCUGGUGGUAGUAACCCAGGAUCUGUGGCGGGUGAAAAGAACGCGCCACCUAGAUGGAGGAAUUACAGAGGCGUGAGGCGGCGGCCAUGGGGGAAGUUUGCGGCGGAGAUUCGGGACCCGAACAGGAAUGGUGCGAGGACAUGGCUGGGAACUUAUGAGAGGGAGGAGGAUGCAGCUUUGGCUUAUGAUAGAGCUGCUUUCAAGAUGAAGGGUAGGAAAGCUAAGCUCAAUUUUCCACACCUUAUUGGGUCAGAACCACUGCCGGAGCCGGCAAGAGUAGUCGCCGGACAGAAACGGCGCCGCCUUCUGGAAGGAAAGCCAGUAGGCUGGUCUACAGAAUAA